UCCUUGGCUGACAGACUGACUACAACAGCCCAAAAUAAUCAGCAUCCCUUCCUGUUGCUACUUCCUAGCCGCUCAAGAAGCUGCCUUUUCAUGGCGUGCCGCCGCCGCCGCCACCGCUAACGCACAUGGACAGUCCACAAGAGCAGCCCGUCAUCUACACUAUGGAGAACAAACCCAUUGUGACAUGUGCUGGGGACCAGGCCUUGUUCACGUCUCUCUACGCCUCACUGGCCCAGCAGCUCCCCAGGGAGCCCAUGGAGUGGAGGAGGACGUAUGGGCGUGCUCCUAAGAUGAUCCACCUUGAGGCCAACUUUGUCCAGUUCAAGGAGGAGCUGCUUCCCAAGGACGGCACCAAGGCCUUGCUCACCUUCCCUUUCCUACACAUCUACUGGACCGACUGCUGUGACACAGAGGCGUACCGAAGCUCAGUGAAAGAGGACAUGAGCCGCUGGCAGAGCAGCCUGCGAAGUCACUGCUCGGCUGACUGGCUCAUCAUUGUGGUGGAUAGCAGCGACACGCGCAAGAAGAACAAAACCAACAUCCUGCCCAGAUCGUCCAUUGUCGACAAGAUACGCAGUGACUUCUGCAACAAGCAGAAUGACAGGUGUGUGGUGCUGUCUGAGCCGCUGAAGGACUCAUCGCGCUCUCAGGAGUCGUGGAAUUCAUUGCUGCUCAAGCUGCGGACACUCCUUCUCAUGUCGUUCACCAAGAACCUGGGACGCUUCGAGGACGACAUGCGCACCCUCAGGGAGAAACGCACGCAGCCCGGAUGGAGCUUCUGCCAGUACUUCAUGGUCCAGGAGGAGCUGGCGUUCGUGUUCGAGAUGUUGCAGCAGUUCGAAGACGCGUUGGUGCAGUACGACGAGCUGGACGCGCUCUUUACGCAGUACGUCCUCAACUUUGGAGCUGGAGACACGGCCAAAUGGUUGGGCUCGUUCUGCUCUCCGGUGCUCAACUGGAGCGGUCUGCUGCUGCGGCGUCCGAUCGACAUGGAGAAGCGCGACUGCAUCCAGCGCAGCGCCGCCAGCCUGCUGGACCUGCGCAGUUACCUGUUCUCCAGGCAGUGCACGCUGCUGAUCUUCCUGCAGAGACCCUGGGAGGUCACUCACAGGGCCCUGGAGCUGCUGCACAACUGCGUUCAGGAGCUGCGCCUGCUUGAGGUGUCGGUGCUGGAGGGGGCGCUGGACUGCUGGGUGUUCCUCAGCUGCCUGGAAGUUUUGCACCGGAUCGAGAGCUGCUGUGAUCAGGCCCAGUUGGCCGCCAACAGCUCGCACACUGUGGGACUGUGGGCCUACGCCACCGACAAGCUGAAGUCUCUGGGUCAACUGUGCGGUCUGGUGUCCCGCAAAGGUCCAACCUCAGAGGACUUAAACAGGACGGUGGACCUGCUGGCCGGACUGGGGGAUGAGCGGCCAGAGACAGUGAGCAGUCUGCAGAGUCCCUACAAGAAGCUGAAAGAAGCUUUGUCAUCUGUGGAAGCUUUUGAAAGACAUUACUUGGAACUGUGUCAGGCAGCAAUGGAGAUGUACCGGGCCAUCGGGAGACUGCGCUCGGCCCGACUGCUCGGAAAAAGCUUGGCAGAAUUUUACAUGAGCAAAGGUGAGUCGGAGCAAGCUGAAGUGUUCCUUGCGGAGGCUUUGCGUUCGUACGUUAAUGAGGGCUGGAGUUUUCCAGUCACGCACACCAGGAAACAGAUUGCCGAGUGUCAGAAGCUGCUAGGAAAAAGCGUUGACACUCUGCAGACCAGCGCCUUGCUGGCGGGCGACGCCAACCUCACUACGGAAGAGAGGACGCGGUUCUGCCGUGACGUCCUCAACUUUGCCUCCGAGCCUGCAGAUCAGGGGCUGGCGUCCUCCACCAAGGCCACGCUGGACAUGGCCGUCUUCGCACAGCUCAAGCGGCUUCAGUUUCAUCCGGACGGCCCCUGCGUGCACUCGGGUGCUCCCCUGCAGGUGGAGCUGACGCUGCACUGCCUGAUGCCCAUUAGUGUGCACGUGGAGGAGCUGGCCAUCAGCAUUCACGUGGACGCUGAGCAUGCCUCCAAGGGGUGCGCCCAGAGGCGCGGCGGGCUCCCUGGGACGGUGGACCUGGAGGUGGCCGUGUCCCCAGCGGGGCGUCUCUCCUUUGUGAGCACCAGCCCCCCACUGGAUAUGGACGAGGCACACGACCGCAGCCCCUCGGACGAUUCCCUCAGCUCGGCGGGCGUGGUAUGCAAGAACGCUCACCUGGUCAUACGGCGCCACGACAGUGACUCGCCUCAGGAUGCGCCCCGCCCCAUCGGCCAGAAUGCCCACGGCACCACCACCACACCCACGCUUCCUGUGACCCUGAAGGAGGGGGCGCGGAUGCUGAGAGGAUGCGACAUCACACUGGAGCCCGGAGACAACAGUGUCAUCCUCACCGCGCCUCGCGACGAAUCGGGCACGUACACGUUGCGGCAGAUUCGCGUCACGUUGGCCCACGUCAACUUCGUCCUGGCCCACAUCUACCCGGCAGUUCAGUACCACGUCUACUCUCAGGAACCGCAGCUCACCGUGGAGCCGCUCUCAGAGCCGCUGUUGGCCGGCCUUCCGCAGAUGGUCAAGUUCACCCUGCUGACAGGCCACUACGCUGUGAGGAAGGGCGAUGCCCUACAGCUCAGUAACAGUGAUGGCAUGCCCAUGUUGGCUAAUGCCAUCUGCACCGCACGUAUCAGCAACACCAGCGCAGCAUCAGUCUCGGAGAGCGUGCUGGCCAUCCAGUCGUCCGACAAGGUGACCAGCAUCAGCCUGCCUCCCACCCCUCCAUACCACAGCCUGGAGUUCCAUCUGGAGGUCCUGUGCCUCAUUCCAUCCGGACCGGAGCGGCCCGCCGACGAAAGGCUGACCAACGGCGAGGUCCGACACUGGCCGCGCAGUUAUAGCCACCCUGACAAGGCCAUGACUGCCAUCGAUCAGAGGAUGUCCAUCGACUGUCCGUGGUCCAUCUACUCCACCCUGCUGGCGCUCACUUUCCAUAUCCCCUUCAGGACGGAGCACUCGCUACUGUCCACAGGAAACAGGAAGUUCAUCCAGGUGUGCGUGCGCAACGUGUCAGAUUCUGACUUCACGCUGGCCCACGUCAAACUGGCGGAGAAACGACAGCAGCAUCCAGAACAGGAUCAGCAGCAGAGAGCCUCGUUAGUGAUGCGAUCCCUCAACACCAGCGCGCAGCAGUUGUUGUGCAGCAAGCAGAGUGUGUACUGCUUGUGGGAGGUGACGUGCAAGGAGGAUUUCCCGUCCAGUCUUCAGUGCGUCUUCUCCGCUAACUUCUCUCCACGCGGGCGCCGCCACGAUGCCACCGCCUUCAAGCUCUUCCACUACCACUUCCUGUUGGACAGAGUGCCCACCUUGUACAGCGUGCGAGCGGACAUCGUUCCUCCGGCGGGUGAGCGUCACUGUCGCUCUGGCGCUCUCUGUGGUCUGGAGGUGCUCAUUACACGACUGUCCGAGCUCGUAGACGGUGAGCUGACCGAAGACAACAAAAUGGACGCCGACAGCCUCAGGAUCAGCAAGCUCAUGUAUGAAGUGGCAGACAGCAGCAGCAACUGGGCAGUGUGCGGUAAGAGUUCGGGCCUGGUGUCGAUGCCGUUGUCCAACAGUUCGGCACACAAAGUCCAUAUCGAGGUCAUGCCGCUGUUUGCCGGCCAUCUUCCGUUCCCCAAGAUCAAGGUCCUCAAGUAUCUUCCUCACAACGCCAACACCAUACAACCGGACGCCGACAGCCUGGUGGAGAACGACAGCCUUUCUCUCCUGGACAAGGCUUUGGAUGACGCGACGGCAGACACGGUCAGCGUGCGCAGUCGAGGCAGCAUCCAAUCGCUGGGCGAGCAGCAGCACAGGGGUGUCGCCCUGCCCCGCCUGGACCCCUUCAGUCUGGGCCAGGUCUUCAACCACAGCCACGCUCAGCAAGUCCUGGUCCUGCCCACUGCCGACGACCACAUCAUGGAGGUCCACGCCACGUGACCACCCCCCGACACUCCCUGGAGCCUCCCUGACUCCCCAGGGUAUGAACUCUCCACAGGCCAAUCACAUGACUCCAUAGGAAAUAAAGACAUUGUACAAACAUGCAUACAGUACACAUACAUACAAAUAAGUAAAGUGGCCCGAACCAUUGUGUAUGUGUGUGUGUGGGUGCGCGUGUGUGUGCGUGCGGGAGUGUGUGCGUUGCCUCGCGGUCCUCAGCAGGCCGUAAGAUGAGGACAGUACAUUGAGUUGAUGUGCUUAUGCUAAUUGUUUGUCCUACAGCAAACACACAGGCAUGUGUAUAUUGUAAAUGUUAAAAAAAAAAACCUAUUUGAUUAACACUCAUUAUUAUUAUUAAUAAAAUUCUCAAUUACUUGA